GACAGCUAACUGUUCAAUUUUUGCUUUCUUUGACCUACAUUCGUACGAAACUAAAUGUUAAAUUCCUUACUUUACAUAAAAAAUUGUUUCCGACACGAUUUGAGAACUUCAGCUGUGUUGGAGACGAAAAGUUAUGCAUUGAACAUCUUGACAGUAAUAUUUGGAUUACACAUUUUCAUGCCCUGAUUUUAAAAUGUAAGAUGAAAUGGUGUAAACGGAUAAUGACAUUUCCAAACAGGAGAAAAAGUGCUAUUGUUAUUGGUCUGAUUUUUGUGUCGAUGGGACUUAUUUGUUUACAUCUUUUAGGAGAAGUUCACAAACUUGAAAAUGCAAGAGAGCGAUUAGAGAGAGCUGUAGCAGACAUACAAGGGACUGAUGUAGCAGUUGGUCAUCCUCGACAUUUAUCACAAGCUAGUGAUCAGAUUCUUGGCCAAUUUGAAUAUAAAGUUGAACUGAGUGGUAAAACAGAUGAAGAUUUGGUGAUAAUCUACAAUAGAGUACCAAAAACAGGCAGCACAUCCUUUGCCGGCAUUGCCUACGAUUUGUGUUUUAGAAAUAAAUUCCAUGUUCUUCAUGUUAAUACUACAAAGAAUAUUCAUGUUUUGCCUUUAUCUGACCAGGUACGAUUCGUACAGAAUGUGACGCGAUGGAAUAGUAUGAAACCAGCAAUGUAUCAUGGUCAUUUGGCUUUCCUAGAUUUUUCAAAGUUUGGUGUUGCAAAGAAGCCUUUAUAUAUCAACAUUAUAAGGAAACCACUGGAUAGAUUGGUGUCGUAUUAUUACUUUGUUAGAUAUGGGGAUGAUUUCAGACCAAGCCUACGGAGGAGAAAAGCAGGAAAUACAGAGACCUUUGAUGAAUGUGUAGCAAAGGGAGGUAAUGACUGUGAUCCUGUACAUUUAUGGUUACAAAUACCAUUUUUCUGUGGUCAGGAUGCCGAAUGUUGGAAUCCUGGUAGUAGUUGGGCUCUAGAGAGAGCAAAAUACAAUAUACUCCAAAAUUAUCUAGUCGUAGGUGUUACAGAACAGUUAGGUGAUUUUAUUGCUGUCAUUGAAGCCACAUUACCUCGAUUCUUUAGGGGAGCUGUAGCAUUAUUUAACGAAGGACGAAAGUCUCAUUUAAGAAAAACUUCUCAUAAAAUUCCACCGAAGCCAGAGACUGUGAAAAGGAUUCAAAGUUCACAUGUUUGGAAAAUGGAACAAGCUUUUUAUGAGUUUGUACAGGAGCACUUUGAAUUUACAAAGAACCAAAUAUUUGAAAUAGUGGACGGUGCUUAUGUUGAGAAAGGAAAUCUUUUUCAUUAUGAGAAAAUACGGCCAAGAUGAGAAUGUAUAUAAUUUGAAUAUACGUUUGUUUACAAGAAUAUAUCUUUCAAUUGAAAACAUACAAACUUUUUUGAAUUAUAGUUUAUCAAGAGUAUUUAUUUAUUAUAUGGUUUUAAGGUUAAUACAAGGCUACAUAUAUAUAUAGAAUACAGCACUACCCAGUUUCUUAAAAAUGACUUCUGUUUUAAAUUAUGAAGGUUAAAAGAGUUAUACAAAUUGCUUGAAAGGAGUAUUAGGUAAAAUGUGCAGAAUAAUGAUGAUAAUAGCACUUUAUAUAUAAUUUUGAACUUAAUAUCACCUUGUUUCCAUGUAUCAUUUUUUUGCAAAGUUAAAGUUACACUCUGUAUAUUUCAAAUAUUAUGCAGAAAAUAUCACAAGUGGAGAUAACUCUUGAAUUAAAAAUUUGAAACAAAUAAGCGAAAUAGAGUGACUUUUAAUAGAAUUAAACAACAAUAAAAGAGAUUUAUUUUGAAACAUAAGAUUGUUGUGCUAUAUGUAUAAUAAUGAAAAACAUGUUUGUUAAAUUUUAUCAAUGCAAUUUAUUUAAUGGCACAUGCCUGAUUUUAUUGACAUGAAGUUAUUAAUGCUAAGCUCCCAUGCUGGCCAUGAGAGCUAAAUCUUCAUAAUAAUUAAAUUAUCUUACAGUGUUUCAGGUUUGAUUUACAUACUUCCUGCAAUGAAAGGGGGAUUAUCUAAAUUAGUUUAUCAAUUUUGAUUACAAGACAUAUUCUUGUUGAUAAAUAAACUCAGGUUAUUAAGUUCAGUUCCACAUAUCUCAGUGUUAGGUCAACAAAAAAAAAUAUCUGUUUAGGGUUUGUUAAGUCUCAAAAAAUAAGAGAAUAUGGGAAGGCAAUAUUUUUUAUUUUUCUGAAUUAUUUUAUAUAGUUAGUGGGAAACACUAAUGACUUCAACACCACUUGCCUGAAAAUAUUCAGUAAUCAGUGUUUUAGCUAUGAUUUCAAGGCAGAGAGGAACAUUUUUCAGGAAAGGGCUUAUUGGGUGCUGUUUCUGGUCUGAAAAGGACAAGCUUAUUAUGUUUACUGUUAAAGUAUUUAAAUAAUUAGAUAAAUAAAUGUCUUUUUCUUUCAUUUAUAGUAUCUUGUGAUUGUAAAAAGCUUUUUCAAGAAGAUAUACAAUAAAUUUUUUUUUGCAGUGAAAAGUAUUUCUUUUCCUCUAGAAAAUAAAAAGACAAAUAUAAGACCAAAGGGGUACACAGAAAAGGCAGAGGGGAGAUAUGUCCUAUUUUUGACAAACCACUGAACCCUAAACAGAUAUACAGUUUACCUUGGCCUAACUUUCACCACACUGUACAAUGUACCUAUAUCAUCGAAGUCAACAGCCUUCAGACAUGAUCAAAUCUCAUGAUUUACCAAAGUGUGACAGACACACUGCAUAAUUAUUUAAUAUUUGUCUACCAUGAUUGAAAUGUUUUUUGUAAUAAUUAUUUUAAAGAAAAUUUGAAAACUUCUAUUGUUAGAUAUUGGUUAUGAUUCAAACUAUAGAU